GUUUAGAACGGUAUUCAAUGGUCCACGCGUUACGCAACGCCGUCAACCGAGCGACGCGACGCGUGCGCAUGCUGCCAACAAGUAGUGUCUCGCCGGACUAGAGCUAGGCGAACGUAACUUUACGCGACCAAAAAAUGUAAACAUCGAACAAUACUUAUCUCAGCGAUAACACGCGGCUCUCAACUGAUAGACCAAGUGCAAUCCGUGGCUUAUCAAUACUAUCCAGACGUGUGAUCUUUCUGUUUUACUCAUUAUACAUUGGAAAUACUAAAUUGUAAUCAUUCCGCGUGUGCUCGCUUAGCCGACGCUGUAAUAAUAACGCGGAACCAUGUUUUUUUGGAGUAUACUGGUGGCGGUCACGGGACUGCUCGUUGUUGUGAUAAAGAUUUAUCAGAAGUUGACAUGCGGGGUAUGCAGGUCGAGUGCGCACAUGGUCGGGAAAGUGGUGAUAGUGACGGGCGGGAACUGCGGGAUCGGGUUGGAGACAGCGAAAGAUUUGGCGAAUCGCGGCGCGCGAGUGAUACUGGCCUGUCGCAGCGUGCGCAGGGCGACGGAAGCCGUGCAGGAGAUAGUGCGGGACACCGGCAACACGGAUGUGCAUUUCAAACAGCUAAAUUUAGCGUCGCUGCGAUCUGUCAAGGAAUUCUGUGAGCACAUCAUUAAAACAGAGAGACGACUCGACGUGCUAAUCAACAAUGCGGGGGCCGGCGGCCUCGGGAACUUCAAGACGGAGGACGGCAUUCAUAUAGGAAUGCAAGUCAAUUACUUUGCACCGUUUCUACUCACGUGUUUAUUGCUGCCUCUGCUCAGAUCAUCAGCGCCUAGCCGCAUUAUCAAUGUGUCAUCACUGAUACACAAGUACGGUGAAUUGGACUUUGAAAAUUUGAACAUGGAGAAAUAUUGGAGUGAUUAUCUGGUGUACGCUAACAGCAAACUGUUUCUUAACUUGAUGACUUUAGAACUUAGCGAGAGAUUGAAAGACACUGGUGUGACUGUGAAUGCUUUACACCCUGGUGUGGCAGCCACUAAUAUAUUUAGGAACAUUCCUAGUGACAUUAUUCGCAACUUAGUUGAGAAAAGUAUUGGAUGCAUGUAUAAAACUCCUUGGGAGGCAGCUCAGACCUCAAUAUAUUUAGCAGUGUCUCCUGAAGUCCGUGAAGUUAGUGGAAAAUACUUCAGUGACUGUCGGGACAUCAAACCUUCUAAGCUAUCGCUAGAUUCCAAAGAAGCCAAGAGACUAUGGGCUGAAUCUGAAAGACUAGUAAAAUUCUCACUGAACAAUAAUAGCAAAUUAUAAUUUUAGACUGUUUAUUUAUUAUUUUGUUAUAGCUAAAUGCUGUUCAGGGCUCAAGUUAUGUUAUAAUUAUUGUUGAAGUAGUGAAACUACUAAAUGUUUGUAAAUAUCAAGGUUGUUUUAAGUACGUUAUUAAGGUCAUGUUUAUGUUUUGCAAAGAAUGUCACGCGCGAAAAAUGAUAAUGUGAAUAAAUUAUUAAUUAAUAUGUACGAAGAAAACUCGAUGUCAUGCAAAAUGUAUGCAGUUUUAUACUAAAUUUUGCAUUUUAAGAGGGACUGCUUUGUUGGUUUAUUUAUAUCUGUAUUUUUUUUACAAGAUGAAGGUGAGCGAAAACUGUUACAAUUAAAUUGUAAUAUUUUCGACGUUAUGGUCAAUUAAUAGCUGUAGUACGUAGUACUUAGAUGUUGAAGUAAAAGACAUGAGAUUUUAUAUUUAAA